CCUUUAACACUUUACAACCGGGGGGAGGUUUCUCCCAGCAGGGUGGAAUUUGGACAAAGUUCCUGUCUGUUAUAAUCCGUGCAAUCAACAGGGCUUGUUGCAAAUUAUAGUAACAUUUACAGAUCGAAUGUCAAAUCAGGGUUGUUGACAAUAUUAAUUAAGGAAAACUAGGCAAAGUUCGGGAUGUUACGACCUUGACUACACCUGCGACACUCCAGGUACCCGAUUAGGAGGUUGUCCUAGGGCGUGUAGCGCUGAGAAAGGUAAGAAUUGCAGGUUUGCUUGGACUACAACCCCUCCACCUUCCAUCCUUCUCAGUCAUCCUUCCACCUGCUGUGUUGAGGUCUACCUGAGUCCUUGUGGGUUGAUUGGUCGCUCCUGGGUUGAUUGGUCGCUCCUGAUUGGCCCCUCCAUGAGUUCCAAUGGGCGCCCACAGGGCCGCAGCCCAAGCCACGGAGGCAGCAGGUCAGGCUCCCAGUACGCCCUGUGUGCCCUGGGCGUCGGCCUCAUCGCCCUGGGCAUUGUUAUGAUCGUCUGGACCGUCAUACCCCUGGAUGGAGAGGGCUCGAAAACGGGCAACGUCACCGACAACGACUCCGCCGCUCCCACCCAGAGCCCAGGGCUCAAUCCAGAUGUCAGCGCCAAGGACAAGAUGAAGGCAUCGUCGUCGGUGGCAUACGUGCUGGUGGGGGCAGGGGCGGCCAUGCUACUGCUGUCCAUAUGUCUGGGGGUGAGGAACAAGCGGAGAGAGAACCAGAGGGCCAGGGACGCGGUGGUGCUGGGCACCCCAUAUGUGGACCGCGUAGCUGGGGAGCCGGCGGAAGCAGCGCAGCCAGUCCCGGCCUACGACGUGCCCAGCUAUGAGGACGCUGUGGGCAGCGGCCAGUACCCCAUCCGCCAGAGCAACCUGCGCAACAGUACCUCCCAGCUGCCGUCUUACGAGGACCUCAUCAGUGCUGUGGAAGCAGAGGGGGAGGGGCCCAUCUCCAAGCCUGCCGGGGAGGCCACCACCACCCCAGCCGCUUCAGACUCCACCCCCCAGCCCGCCCCCGACCCUGCCGCAGCCAAUCCGCCCAGCCGCCGCAGCAGCAGCAGCCGGGCCAGUAAGAUAUUGCGCCCCCUGCGGGUCCGGAGGAUAAAGUCGGAGAAGCUUCACCUGAAGGACUUCCGGCUCAACAUUCGCAGCCCAUCACAGGCUCGGGUCACCAUCGAACCCAUCACCCCUCCGCCGCAGUACGACGACAAGAUGCCUGAACUCUGAGAGUGCCCUGUGGUGCAAGGAAUAACUUCUCCUGUGAAAAGACACUCCUGUGAUAGUAUAACGCUGCUGAGAAAUGGCACUUUAGACACACGACUGUAUCUGAUGGACUCCGAAGCCUGCUGCAGUAGUAGUGUUCUGUAACGGACUGGAACUGGGUCUGGUGCCACAGACGGGUGUCUUAAAACCACAGACGUUAAAAUGGCUGUGAAUCCAACAGCCAAACUAGUCUCAAUUUGUUUUUAGUAUUUUCCACCGUACAUGUAUCUUUGUUUCUUUUUUUGUCAAAAUAAAUCUGUGUUGGUCAAGUUUCAAGAUCCUUUAUUGGGAUAACUAUGUUCUGGUGACAUUGGCAUGGGAUGGGACUUGGGAAAUAGAAUGACUGUAAAAUGUAUUUACCAACCAUUUUUAAAUGUAACUAUGCAGAAAAAUCACUUUUUAGUUAACUAUACAUAUAAGCUUACUCGCGGUGUUGAAUGUCAAAAAUGGUCUUAAUUUCACUGUUUAUUGCUAAAGUCGUGGUCUCCUAGCAGAAACAGAAUUCCUUUCUAGAUGCUCUGCUGUAUGUUUGAUAGUCACAUGAGACUAUAUAAGUCAGCAUAAGGGAGCCCAUCUUUAAAAGUAGUGUCAAAACGGGUGACAUAAAGGAGAUAGGUGAUAGAUUUAGCUAUAAUAAGCUAUAAUCCAGUGGUGACCUUGAUUAAUGUGAUUUUAUUUGAAUGGGUAGGCUAUGCAGGUUGUUUAGAACGUCACAAUGUCAAUAGAAUUCAGAAGUCAUUUUAUUUAUUGUGAAUAUUGUUUUUAUUGACUAACACUACUGUAUUAACACCAAACAACUGCAAAUUGUGGAUUUUAGGGGAUGUAGUAUUGUAAUUAGUGAAUGCAAUUGUAUUUAUCUGUUUUUUAGAAAGAGCAGGGUAGGUACUUGGUUAUGUUGCUGGUGGAAGAUGUGGAUGAUGGAAGGUGUUGAUGGUAAGGUGAUUGUGUAUUGUUGUUUUUAUGUAUUUAUUAUAAACAGAAUACAAUUAUGCAGUU